GAUAUUUCAUUGAAAGGAAAAAGAAACAAAGCUCCAGGUGGAUGAGGCUGAAUUUUGAACUGUGUAAAGAAACGACUUUUGAGCCAAAGAAGAUGAUUGAAGGUGUUGCUUAUGAGGUCCGAGUAUUUGCUGUUAAUGCAAUAGGUAUUUCCAAACCAAGCAUGCCUUCGAAGUCCUUUGUUCCUUUAGCUGUUACCAGUCCACCAACUCUCCUGGCAGUGGACAGUGUGACUGAUACCACAGUCACAAUGAAAUGGAGGCCACCAGACCACAUCGGAGCGGCAGGGUUAGACGGCUAUGUUGUAGAGUACUGCUUCGAAGGAAGUAUUGGGCACUCUCACAUUAAGGCAGAGACUAAUCAGUCAGAAAACCUCAAGUAACAGGGUUUUUUUCAGGCUUCCUUUGAUGGAUUCUCACAAGGUAUAUCGACAGAUCUGUCUGAGGAAUUGGUGGAGCCACCUUUUAACCUGGAAGCUGAUGAAUGGAUCGUGGCUAACCCAGAGCUGACAGACAAAACGAAGUUCACUAUCAAUGGCCUGCCAACUGGCUCAAAAAUCCUUGUGAGAGUAAAAGCUGUGAAUGCUGCUGGUGAAAGUGAGCCCAGGUACCACCCACAGCCUAUUUUAGUCAAGGAAGUGAUAGAACCUCCAAAGAUUCGUCUACCAAGACACUUAAAACAAACCUAUACUCGAAGAGUUGGAGAAACUGUGAAUCUUGUUAUUCCUUUCCAGGGAAGACCAAGGGCAAAAGUAUCAUGGGAGAAAAAUGGUUCUCCAAUCGACAAGAAUCAAAUCAACAUCCGCAACACUGAAAAUGACACUAUCGUCUUCAUCCGAAAGGCAGAAAGGAGCCACUCGGGAGAAUAUGACAUGAAAGUGCAAGUAGAGAACUUGGUGGACAAAGCUACAAUAGAUAUUCAGAUUGUUGAUCGCCCAGGCCCACCAGAGGUUGUAACUAUUGAGGAUGUCUGGGGAGAGAAUGUAAAUUUAUCAUGGAAGCCACCAAAAGAUGAUGGCAAUUCUGCCAUUACCGGGUACACUAUUCAAAAAGCAGAUAAGAAGAGUAUGGAAUGGUUCACAGUAAUGGAGCACUACCACCGCACCAGUGCCACCAUUAACGAGCUUGUCAUAGGAAAUGAGUACUACUUCCGGAUCUUCGCUGAAAACAUGUGCGGCCUCAGUGAGGACGCAACAAUGACCAAAGAGAGCGCUUUGAUUGCAAAGGAUGGUAAAGUCUACAAAUACCCAGUUUAUGACGAUUUUGACUUCAGUGAACGGCCAUUGUUUACUCAGCCUUUAAUCAACACAUUUGCUGUAGCUGGUUACAACGCUACUCUGAACUGCAGCGUUCGAGGCAACCCCAAGCCCAAAAUAACCUGGCUGAAAAACAAAGUCCUUAUUAUGAAUGACCCAAGGUACCGAAUGUUCAGCAACCAAGGGGUCUGUACCUUGGAGAUCCGCAAACCCAGUCCCUAUGAUGGAGGCACUUACACCUGCCGAGCAGUCAACGAACUUGGAGAGGCAGAAGUUGAUUGCAAACUGGAAGUAAAAGGUGGGCUUUCGUUCUUCCGACUACUGAUGGAUGGAGUGCCUCCGCAUAUCAUUGAUUCAUAUAUGCGCGAAGUACAGGCAGACAAAACUGAGGGGAAGUGA